CUCGUCAUUUUGGCAUCCCGACGGCGGCGACCUCGCCUUUUCUUUUCCUCGCUCCCACACACGCCCGCCCUCUCGCACGCCCAGCUCCGUUCCCAGUCACCGCCCCCUCUUCGCAGCUCGUUUCUCCUGAGCUGGCCCCACACCCUGGCCUAUCUCCGUAUAGCGGCACAGUAGAGUCCCUGCUGGGUGCUGCGGCCGCGCGUGAUUUAUCCGUCUCCACCUCUCACGCAUCCGCCGCCCGCACAUCUCCAUCUGCUGCCACAACACACGCCGCUCUCCGUUCUCUCCUUCUUCGCCUCGCCACCUCUUCGCUGCACCACACCCGCUGUUCUCCGACACAGCGCGACGUCGCACUCUUCAGCGGCCUGCGCCCGCGACCGGGUGCUGCGACGCGCGUGCUGAGCCAGGCGCGUCGAGCGCACUUCGCCCGCUCUCGUCGCCGUCGGCCGGCCGCAGCGCGUGAUCUGCUCGCGCCAGUGCUCCCCACCUCGCGGCAAUGGCCUCGUCGGUCGCAUCCACGUCGCGCAGUGCCGGCACGCCGCCGUCGGUGCUGAACGGCGUCGGGCAUGAGGGCGGCGCGGGCGCAAAGGCGCAGCCCGAGGAGGAGGCGGGCGAGGCGGGCAAGCGGCGCCGAAUCUGGGCGGCGUGCGAGUCAUGUCGAACGCGCAAGGCCCGCUGCAACGGCGAGCACCCUUGCUCUGCCUGUCUCUCCAAGGCGCGCUCUUCGCUGCCUCGCGGCAGCUCGGCGCCUUCAGCCGAGGCCGUACAGGCGCGCGCCCUCGAGCUGUGCGUCUUCGUGUGGGACCGCAAGCCGCGUGGACCCAAGGCCAAGGCGCCGGAGGAAGGGCGCAAGGCCAGUGGCGCCGCCGCUGGCACUGCCAGGGCCAAGCGUGCUACGCCUGCAGUCAAGGGCGCGCCUCGCAGCGAACGCAGCGCCGGCUCUGCGUAUCUCGCUGCCAAGGGCGCCGCGACGUCGCUGAACGGCGACGGCGACGCGAGCAACGGGAGCAUCUCAGCAGGGUUUCCUGGUGCGCCAGGCUCCGUCUCGAGCGAACGCUCCGGUGCCAGCGGCACGGCGCAGGAGGAGCAGGCUGCAUAUGCGCAGCACGCUCUGUUCAGCAACGGCAACUUCCUCAGGCGCCAGAGUCUGCAUCCAGAUCGACCUUACCCGCCUUCGCCCGGCGGCUCGAGCGGCUACUCUGCCCACUAUCCCGCAAGCCAUCGGCCGCCUGCGUACGAGUACCCGCCCGGCCCAGGCCCGCAGGACUACUACCGAGGGCACGCCAGCUCUCUUGAACGGCUGCCGUGGAACCAGAUCCCGGCGUCGCCAGCCACGGGCUCCACCGGCUCGGCGUCGAGCUAUGCGCCUGUAGAGUACGCCGACCUGCGCACGCGCCCGCAGGAUGCAGAGUACGCCGAUCCCGUCGCGCCGCGGCGAGCCAUGCCUGCCUCGCAUGAAGACCCACGAGCGGCGCGUCUCGACGUCUUCGGGCGCAGCUGGGCCGCCAACAGCCCCUAUCCGCAGGUUUACGCGCCGCCCGGCUCUUCGCGUUCCGAGCGCUCGCAAGCGCAAGGCUCGGGCGGGCGCAGACAGUCGCGUGAGAGGCAGUCGUCGCAGGGCAGCGUCUACGACAGACCGCCCAUGCUCUCUGCUGAGCGCAGAGGGAGCGUCGUGCUCUCGCUCAUCGACCAGCUGAGCGGCGUGUUCAUCUACAACGAUCGACAAUUCAUCGCGCUGGCGCUGGCGCAGUUCUCCGACCUCGAUGCCUCGACGAAGCUCUUUCCCGCGCGCAUCCUGUGGGGCUCUGUGCCCGACGCAGACGGCGCACUGCCGCCGCCGCCGCCUCAGCAUGCACAGCUGGCGCUGCUCUCGCUCCUGGCGCACCGCGCUCUGCUGUUGCCGAGCGUGCGCAGCCAGCGCGACCUGGAGAGCCUGCAGCAAGGCAUGGGUGAAGAUCUGAGCCACCUGAAUCAGCAACCGCACGAUCAAGAACUCAAGGAUGGCCUCCUGCUCUUCGCUCGGCGUUGCUGGAACUUGGCGCACGACACGCUGCUGCGUCUCGUCGCCGACGGCGAGGUAGAUCCGCUGCUGCUCAUUACGGGCUAUGCGCUCGACAUGGCUGCGUCCGAAGACGGCAUCGGCACGGCGUCGAUGGGCGAGAUGAAGGCCUGGCUCUUCGGCGUGCUCAAGGCGUGGAAUCUGCACCUGAUGGACCUGCCGGCGCACGUGUCGCCCGAGGAGGCCGUCGACGAUGAUGGUGCCGCGCCGUACGAUGCAGAGUUGCCGCCGGGCACGCCGAUGCCGCGGCCUCUCGACGCACGCUACGCUGUGCUGCACCCUGCCGAUCGCGAGGCACUGCGGCGCUGCGUCGUCGUUGUGUGCACCUCGUUUGUCUGGACGCAGUCCAACGACAACUUUGCGAAGCACACGUUCAAUCUCUCCUCGCUCAAGGUGAGCCUUCUGGGCGCCGACAACACCAUCCAUCGCGGUGCAGCGUGGGCUCCACCCGCGGCGCCGCCAAAUGGCGCCACGCCGAGCGACACGUCCAUCUGUGCGGUGCAGCACGUGGCGUUUCUGCUCUUUGGUCGCAUUCUGCGCAUGCUCAACACGCCGCUCGAGGACCUGCUCAACGGCACGGGCGCCGAGCCGGACUUGCAGAAGGCCGUCGACGAGAUCGAGGAGACGCUGCAGUGGGCCAAGGCGUGCAUUCCUGUGCCGAAGCUCGACGGCACCGAGAUGCCGCUCGCCGUCUCUGCUUUCCUGCACCUGCGAGUCAUCGACUUGAUGUCGUACCGCCUCUUCGCCGCCAUCGUGCUGUACCAGAACUUCACAAACGAAGCAGUGGAUGAAGGAGGAGGCGGCGCCGCUGGAUCCUUGCGGCUCAAGGUCAUCAUGGAGCCUGGCCCCAAUCUCUCGACGCAGUACGAGACGCUGCGCAGCGGAGCAGCCGGCAUUUCUCCCGUCGAGGGCGAUGGCAUGCCGCCUGCGCCGCCUCGCAAGCGCCGCGAGCUGUUGCGCGUCUCGAAGGAUCCCUCGACGGCAGCGAUGGCGCCGCUCUUCGAGGUCGACGCCGUGGUGCGCAAGACGCUCGAGCUGCUCGAGAACCACGAAGAACCGGUGCCCGGCGAGGUAGGCACGGCAGCUGGCGUGACGCUGGGCAACAUCAGCCGAGCGAUGCGCUGGCCGCGGCAUCUGCACAAGCUGUGCAGCCAGGCCUUCGCGAUUGGUGCGGAAGUCGAAGCAUCGCAGAAGGCCUGGCGCGAACACUUCGUCCAGCAUCGCCCGGAGCCAUACUGGGCUGAGCCUGUGACGCACAACAAGGUGCCGCCGCUGACUACGCAACCAGUCAUCGACUCAAUGUGGGGCAUUGGCGACCGCCUCAUCCGCCUGCUCCAGGCGCUCGGUCGGAGCGGCAGCGAACACUCGCGCCUCACCGCGCUGCGUGCCGAGCAGUAUCGUGCCGAGCGAGUCGCUUGGGUGCAGGCGCAGAAGCUGGCGCAGGGCGACUGAGCGUCGCCCCUGAGCUGGCUGCGGUGGACGUUGUCUGCCUGCGUCUCUUGCGCAAGUCCCUCCUCUCUUCUCCUCGUUCCUCCUCCGGCUGCGUCCCCUCCUCUUGCGCCGCCUGUCACACUUCUUCAUGAUCCUCUCAAUCCGUCACUCCUCUCAUUGCCUCGCGCCGUCCUGCCGAGGAGAGCAAUCGCAUGAUAUCCAGCU